AUGAUUCAUUGCGCCAGUGCACUGCUUGGACCUUCUCGCCGAGCCACAUGAGGACUUUCGCGCAGCCCGCGCCCGUGCCAAUCCCGAUUUUGGUGGCAGCUUGCAUUAUCAACGCAUCGAUGUCCGGGAUAGACAGGAAUCCAACGCGAUCAUGGCCGACAUCGCCUCGCACAAGCAGAGACUAGACGGGGUCAUCGUGGCGGCUGGGAUCAACCAUGUGGCUAAUGCGCUGGAUUACAGCGACAGCGAUAUUCAGCGAAUCAUCGAUACCAACUACAAGGGCGUCUUUUACUCGGCCACCGCGGCCGGUCGGCAGAUGUUGGAGCACAAGACUCGCGGGUCAAUCCUCCUCAUUGCGAGUAUGAGUGGUCUGAUUGCCAAUAAGGGCAUGAAUUCGUCAAUCUACAACUCCUCCAAGGCGGCAGUCAUUCAGCUCGGUCGCAGUCUGGCGAUGGAAUGGGCCAAGGUCGAUCCGCAAGGUCGAGGGGGGAUCCGUGUAAACACCCUGUGUCCAGGACAUAUUGUCACACCCAUGGCACAGAUGGUGAUUGACCAGGACCCUGCGACGAAAGAAAUCUGGGAAUCGGAGAACAUGAUGGGUCGUCUGUCGAAGCCGGAGGAAUUCCGUGGCCUGGCAUUGCUACUCAUGAGCGAGGCCAGCAGCUUUAUGACUGGAAGUACCACAGUCUGUGAUGGAGGCCACACGGCUUGGUAAGAAAACCGAUUCGGUCGGAGUUGAGAGGGUAAAGUGGAGUGAUCACGGAGCUUAUGCUGUGGGUGACCUUGUAAGUUCCAGUCAUGGUGGAGAUG